AUGUCUGUUCUUCCGCAAGAGGUGCACUCCGCCCUCGCCCAGUUGCUCCAAGGCCUGCAAUCCACCGACAACACCGCCAGAUCUGCGGCCGAAGAGCAGCUUAAUGCAGAAUGGGUCAGCCAGCGACCAGAUCUCCUGCUCAUGGGCCUGGCGGAGCAGAUGGCCGGCUCUGACAAUGACGGAGUAUGUGCGCGGUAAACGCUCCCCAUGUAGAAUGAAACAUUGACUUUUAUUCAGACUCGAUCAUUUGCUGCCGUCAUUUUCAGACGAAUAGCGACGCGAACGACCAAAGACCAAGCAUCGGGCGAGAACAAGGAGGUGUUCCUACAACUGAACCACGCCACGAAAGAGCAAGUUAGAUCAAAGCUCCUCGAAGCCUACGCUCGCGAGCAGUCGAAGCCUGUGAGACACAAGAUUGCAGACGCCGUGGCCGAGGUCGCACGCCAAUAUACAGACGAGGAAAUACUGUCUCUAGAUGGCUCGAGAGACACUUGGCCAGACCUCCUCAACACGCUCUAUCAGGCGAGCCAGUCGCCCGAUCCCUCGCUACGGGAGUCUGCAUUUCGUAUCUUUGAGACAACGCCCGGUAUUAUCGAGAAGCAGCAUGAGAAUAUCAUCUCGGCGGUGUUCCAAAAGGGCAUAAAAGACGAGGACAUGAACGUGAGGAUUGCGACGAUGACAGCUUUUUCAUCCUUCUUCCAAUCGCUCAACAAGAAGGCUCAGCCAAAGUACUACAGCCUCAUUCCUGACGUUCUUGGCACGCUCGUCCCGCUCAAGGAAGCGCAUGAAUCGGAGCUGCUCACCAGGGCACUGAUGGCUGUCAUUGAUCUGGCUGAGAUUGCCUCAAAGAUGUUCAAGCCAGUUUUCGGUCCGCUCGUACACAUUUGUAUUGAAAUGAUUGGAGACAAAGAUCUGGAUGAUACGGCACGGCAGAAUGCUCUUGAACUUAUGGCUACCUUCGCGGACUACAACCCAAAGCUCUGCAAAAGCGACAAAAACUACAUCUCCGACAUGGUCACGCAGUGCUUAUCACUGAUGACGGACGUGGGCCUCGAUGAUGACGACGCCGAGGACUGGCAAGGCUCCGAGGAUGUAGACUUCGCGGAGAGCGACUCAAAUCAUGUUGCGGGUGAACAGACCAUGGAUCGUCUAGCCAACAAGAUUGGCGGCAAGGACCUUCUUCCGCCAACAUUCACCUGGCUACCGCGAAUGCUGCAGUCCAAUUCGUGGAGAGACAAGCAUGCUGCUCUGAUGUGUAUAUCCGCCAUUUCAGAGGGAUGCGCCGAGAUCAUGGAAGGCGAGCUGAACCAGGUCCUUGAGCUUCUGAUGCCUACUCUUCGCGAUGCACAUCCACGAGUGCGAUGGGCAGCUUGCAAUGCGCUCGGCCAGAUGAGCACAGACUUCAAGGGGACUAUGCAAACCAAGUACCAUGCCAUCGUGCUACCCGCCCUCAUCGAGACCUUGACUGCUCCAGAACCACGGGUACAGUCACACGCGGCUGCUGCCCUCGUCAAUUUCUGCGAAGAAGCUGAAAAGGAGAUCUUGGAGCCGUACUUGGACGGCCUCCUUACCAACCUCAUGCAACUCCUGCGUAGUCCGAAGCGAUUCGUUCAAGAGCAAGCUCUCAGCACCAUUGCGACCGUCGCAGACUCAGCAGAAAGCACGUUUGGCAAGUGGUAUCCAGAGCUUAUGCCAGCUUUGUUCAGCGUGCUGCAGGAGCCAAACGACCGCGACAAGCGUCUGUUACGAGCCAAGGCCAUGGAGUGCGCAACCCUCAUUGCAUUGGCGGUUGGCAAAGAGCGCAUGGGUCAGGAUGCGCUCAACCUCGUUCAGAUCCUCGGCAACGUGCAGGCCAACAUCGUUGACGAUGACGAUCCGCAAGAAAGCUACCUACUGCACUGCUGGGGCCGAAUGUGCCGUGUGCUUGGCCAAGAUUUCGUGCCAUACUUGCAGAGCGUCAUGCCACCACUCAUGAAACUUGCGCAAGCCAAGGCGGACAUUCAGCUUUUGGAUGAUGAGGAAAACGUCGCACAGAUCGAGCAAGAGGAGGGCUGGGAGCUUGUGCCGCUCAAGGGCAAAUACAUUGGCAUCAAGACCAGUACGCUUGAUGACAAAUUCAUGGCCAUCGAGCUUAUCACCGUCUACGCCCAGAACCUCGAGGCUGGAUUCGCUCCAUACGUGAUGGAAAUCAUGGAGAAGGUGGCCAUUCCUGGACUGGCGUUCUUCUUCCACGACCCAGUGCGAGUUGCUUCUGCCAAGGCUGUGCCACAACUUCUCAACUCUUUCAAGGUGGCCUAUGGUGUCAAUUCGGAGCAGUAUCUCAAAUUGUGGAAAGGCACUAUUGAAAAGGUUCUUGAGGUGCUGGAGACUGAGCCAGCAAUCGAAACACUUGCCGAGAUGUACCAGUGCUUCUACGAGUCUGUGGAGGUUUCUGGUAAGGACUGUCUUUCAAACGACCAUAUGGGCACAUUCAUCACUUCUGCCGAGAGCGUUCUAAAGGACUAUCAGCAGCGGGUCAAAGAGCGGGCAGAAGAGGCCAACGAGCGCGAAGAUGGCGAAGAGCCAAGCGAGGAUUACGAGUUUGCAGUUGAGGACGACCAGACGCUCCUCUCGGACAUGAAUAAGGCUUUCCACACGAUUUUCAAGAAUCAGGGACAGAGUUUCUUGCCCCACUGGGAGCGUCUGCUCAAUUACUACGAUCUUUUCGUCACGAGCCAGGAUCCAACUCAGCGGCAAUGGGCUCUCUGCAUAUUAGACGACGUUCUGGAGUUCUGCGGACCGGCAUCAUACAACUACUACUCACAUAUUGCUCAGCCUCUCGUCGACGGCAUGCGUGACGACCAGGCUGCAAACCGACAGGCUGCGUGUUACGGCGUUGGCGUUGCAGCCCACAAGGGAGAGAGCAACUGGUCCGACUUCGCCGCUGCCAGCCUACCUAUACUCUUUGACGUUACCAGAAGACCCAAUGCUAGAAGCGACGAUGACGCUUUCGCUACCGAGAACGCUUGCGCUAGUAUCGCAAAGGUGCUGCACUUCAAUCACAGCAAGGUGCAGAAUAUCCCGGACGUUGUUGCUGCUUGGGUCGACACUUUACCUGUCGUAAACGACGAAGAGGCUGCACCUUAUGCCUAUUCCUUCCUUGCUCAGCUUAUUGACGAGUAAGUGGUGCACGCCCUUAUCUGCAUUUAUUGUACUGACAAUCUUUCCAGCCAAAAUCCAGCCGUCAUGAACAAGGCUGCACAAUGCUUUACUUUCAUCGCACUAGCACUAGAGGCCGAAACCCUUCAAGGACAAAUGGCACAACGUAUAGUUGGCGCUGGCAAGAAACUCGUCGCCACCGCAGGUCUACCCACCGACCAGCUUCUGGCCAGCCUCUCGCCUGAAGCUCAGCAGACGGUCAAGACACUUUUCGCUUGA